GCAACCACCACCUUCCCCGAAGCCGCCGGCUCAAGCAGUCUCAGCGAGCCUAUGGUCGUCACGGGCGAAUUCGACGGCGGCAUGGUGCGCUUCGACCGCGGCGUCUCCUGCACCGGGCAAUCCGAGGGCGGCGACUCGGACGCCGUCUUCCAGAUCGAGGAGGGCGGCACGCUCAAAAACGUCAUCAUCGGCGCGGACCAGAGCGAGGGCAUCCACUGCAUGGGCAGCUGCACCAUCGAGAACGUGUGGUGGGAGGCCGUGUGCGAAGACGCGCUGACGAUCAAGCAAGAGUCCGGUACCUCGUACGUGAUUGGCGGCGGUGCCAAGGGCGCAGACGACAAGGUCAUCCAGCACAAUGGCGGCGGCACUGUGUCGAUCAGCGGCUUCUACGUCGAGGACUUUGGCAAGCUGUACCGCAGCUGCGGGAACUGCGAUACUAUGUACGAGCGCCAUGUCACUAUUGAUGGUGUUAUCGCCGAUGGUGGAACUUCGUCUUUCGUCGGCAUUAACAGCAACUAUGGCGAUACGGCGACGAUUACGAACUCGUGCAUUACGAACACGGAUACUAUCUGCACCGAGUAUGAGGGCAACGACACCGGCGAUGAGCCGACGAAGAUUAGCUCCGGUCCCAGCGACUAUUGUAUCUAUACCGAUGCAGAUAUCUCUGCUUGCUGA